AUGCCAGCAAUAUGCAGAGCCUUCAACUUGGCAAGAGGAGAGGAGCUGGAAGUUACUGAUGAUGAUGAUGAUUCUCCCCCAGUUGCUGAUGUUGUUGAUGCAUACAGUCAUACAACAAUCAUUAUCUUGUGUUCAAAUGGUGUCCAUCUGGCUUUCAAGAUGCAAGCCUAUCUUGAAGCUCUCAAUUUAUGGGAAGCAGUAGAGCAAGACACUGAUCCUCCUUCUUUAUCUGAUAAUCCCACUCUAGUUCAAAUUAAAAGACAAGAAGAGCUAAUCCAGAGGAAGCCAAAAGCUUUGACUUGCAUUCACCAGGCUGUCAUAAAUGCGGUCUUUACAAGGAUUAUUAAUAUUAAGUCUCCAAAAGAAGUGUGGAACAAGUUGAAGCUGGAAUUUGAAGGUAAUAACAAAGUCAAGUCUGUCAAUUUAAGAACCUUGAAAAGGGAGUUUGAUCUCAUAAAAAUGAAGGAAGGUGAAAAUAUUAAAGAAUAUGCUUCAAGGAUACUUGAUGAGGCAAACAAGAUCAGAUUUCUUGGCCAAGAUUUUCCAGAUGAAAAUAUUAUUGAAAAGCUCUUUAUCAGCCUACCAACAAAGUAUGAGUCAAAGAUUUCAGCCAUUGAAGAAUCUGUUGAUACUAAAACUCUUGAUAUCUCAGAAUUGAUUAGUAGGCUUUAUGCCUUUGAAAAAAGGCUCAGCAUAAGAGAUGAUGAAGAAGAUAAUGUUGAAGGAGCAUUCCAAGCAAGACACAAAAGUAAGCAUAGCAAAAGAGAUGGCAAGAAACCUGCAAAAAAAGGUUCAGACAAAGGAAAAGGUGUGCAGAGUUUUGCAAAUUCAGAUCAAAAGCCAAGUUUUCCACCAUGCAAACAUUGUACCAGAACAAACCAUAAGGAGGAAGAUUGCAGAUGUAAAGGCAAGCCUCCCAUACAAUGUAGGUUCUACAAAAAGGUGGGUCACUUUGAAAGAAACUGCAGACUGAAAAAUGCUCAAAGCAAAGGAGGGACAACUCAGCAAGCAAAUGUCAUAGAAGAAGAAGAAGAAGAAGAGCCAGAAGCAAAUGUAUUUCUUGCCUCUCAAUUACUUGAAUCUGAUUUACAUACAUGGCUGGUUGAUAGCGAAUGCACAAGUCACAUGGCUAAGGAGGAGAGUCUAUUUCAAAGUUUAGACAAGUCUGUCAAGCUCAAGAUCAGAAUUGGAAAUGGAUAA